AUGGGUGAUUUUAUAGCUCUGAUUUCUGGUAUGAAACUGAUGUUGGCUCACAUCUUGAGCCACUGUAACAAGGGCACGGAAAACCUACUCGUACACCACCGAGUUGGAGAUCGAGCGACGGUGGAACGGGCUCUUGGGUGUAUGGAAUCCAUGUCGGAGCUACAUGAGGAUGUCCUUACGGCGAAACGUGCUGCCCUUCUUAAGAACUUGUUGGAUAUUGAAGCGGGGCCCGCACAGAGGUACUCGGAUGUUGGUCAAGAAAACGACCAAAACGUGUUGGUAGUGAAGGUGCCGUACGUUGGUGCCAUCAGAAUUGCGCGAGACGGUAUUUCUAUUACGCCCUUCGACGUAGAGCAGGAGCAAGUUCCCCAUGAGGGUGUGACUAUUAGUGGCUUUAGAUCUAUCCAUGUCAGAACACCACAAGACGAUGCAGCCUCACGAGGAACCACACAGGCAAUGAGGACAUCGGCACGGAAGCACGGAGGACAGGUUGUCCAGGCCACGUCUGGAGAUCUUUUCGCGCUGCCAGAAGAGGCAUUUCCGGAUGCUUCUGCUGACAUGGAAGAUUGGCAUUUUCAAGGCCUUGACACUGCCUUCUUUGAUGUGCUGAUGAGCGGAGCUGGGGAGCCGUUGAACGGCACGGACACUGAAGGAUGGAAUUUUACAAUUUCCCCAUGA